CACAGCAGGAGGCGGGCUUAACUUUGACAGGCUGUUGGCUAGCUAAAAUAAUCUCUGCGGCUUUCAGUUGCUUUCGCCUUUAGUCUCUUUCUUUCAGGUCUUUCCGGGCAGGACGAAUAAAACCCUCUUUUCUGGGUCGGAAUGGCUUGUCCAGUCAGUCAGUCCGCUGUGGAGCUGAACCCAGCCGUGCUCCCUCUCGACUGGCUCUUGGGCAUCUGGGAGUCAGACGAGCCAGGCGAAGGGUCAUUUCCCUCCAUCUCACCUUUCCGCUACAUCGAGACGCUGCACUUCUCCCACGUGGGGCAGCCUGUGAUCAACUUCAUGUUUAAUGCAUUUCAUGCCGAGAGCAGAAAGCCACUUCACAGAGAAUGUGGUUUCAUCAGAAUUCAGCCUGGCACCAACAACGUGGCCUUCAUCAUCGCACAGAACUCAGGGCUGGUGGAGAUUGAGGAGGGAGAGCUGAUCGGUCAGCAGCUGACUCUGCAUAGCCGUGCACUGGCCAGAACAUCUUUUGCCAAGGAGCCGUAUGUUCAGCAGAUUUCCAGGCUCAUCCAGCUAAGGCCAGAUGGCAGACUGGAGCAGACUGUUUCCAUGGCGCUGGAGAACCAGCCUCUGACCCAGCAUUUGCACGUUACCUACCGCAGAGCCUCCUGACCGCAGAAGAGCCAGGAACCAGGCGAAGCAGAUGGCCUAAAAUGUCCUACAUGCACUCAGUGAUUAUUCAUGUUCUAUGCACCCUUAAUGCACAGUAAUGAUGAAUUAAUCAAAUUUAAGGGCAGUGAGCCAUUAAGGUGCUACUACUGGUUAAAGUGCAGAAGUUUGAACACCCCAGGUCAAAUUACACACGAAUAUAAUAUAUGAAUAUAAACAAAUAUAAACGUCUUAAAUGUAGUGAAUAAAUCUAAUAUCCCUCAUUAUGAGUCUGCUGUAAGAAUAUUCUAAGAUUAUUCCACCUGUUUCUGUACAUUUUUACUAGUUUUAAGUGAUUUUAUCUGGUGAAAGUGUCUGAUUCCAUUGGCAGAUUAGUUCACUUGCUUGGAGAAA